GCCUUUCUUUUCUCUGAAGCCGCACAGCCCAGCGGGCUCCACUGACUUGGUGGAGGCAGCCGCGGCCCUACCACCAGCAGCAGGGAAGCCCGCUGGGGGGUGAGGGCAGGUGCCUGCAGCCCCCGAGAAGGAGGAGGCGCUGGUGGGUCCCGGCCCCUGGCAGCGUCGCACGGCAGACCUCUGUCCGCUGCAGACCGCACCAUGUGGGCCCUGGGGUGCCACCAAUUCCGGUGCCGCUGGGGGCAGGUGGCAGUGCUGCUGCUGCUGCUCAAGGUGCCCCCGAGAGGCCUCGCACUGCCGCCCAUCCGCUAUUCCCAUGCUGGCAUCUGCCCCAACGACAUGAACCCCAACCUCUGGGUGGAUGCCCAGAGCACCUGCAAGCGGGAGUGUGAGACGGACCAGGAGUGUGAGACCUAUGAGAAGUGCUGCCCCAACGUGUGUGGGACCAAGAGCUGUGUGGCAGCCCGCUACAUGGACGUGAAAGGAAAGAAGGGCCCGGUGGGCAUGCCCAAGGAGGCCACGUGCGACCACUUCAUGUGUCUGCAGCAGGGCUCCGAGUGUGACAUCUGGGACGGCCAGCCCGUGUGUAAGUGCAAGGAUCGCUGUGAGAAGGAGCCCAGUUUCACCUGCGCCUCGGACGGCCUCACCUACUAUAACCGCUGCUACAUGGACGCUGAGGCCUGCUCCAAGGGCAUCACGCUGGUGGUUGUCACCUGCCGCUACCACUUUACCUGGCCCAACACCAGCCCCCCGCCGCCGGAGACCACCGCGCAUCCCACCACAGCUUCCCCAGAGACGCCUGGGCUGGACGUGGCGGCCCCGGCUCUGCUCAACCACCCUGUGCACCAGUCGGUCACCGUGGGGGAGACAGUGAGCUUCCUCUGUGAGGUGGUGGGCCGGCCGCGGCCCGACAUCACCUGGGAGAAGCAGCUGGAGGACCGGGAGAACGUGGUCAUGAGGCCCAACCAUGUGCGUGGCAACGUCGUGGUCACCAACAUUGCCCAGCUGGUCAUUUAUAAUGCUCAGCUCCAGGACGCCGGCAUCUAUACCUGCACAGCGCGGAACGCGGCUGGCGUCCUGCGCGCUGACUUCCCCCUGUCGGUGGUCAGGGGGGGCCAGGCCGCAGCCACCGUGGAGAGCAGCCCCAACGGCACGGCUUUCCCCGCAGCCGAGUGCCUGAAGCCCCCUGACAGUGAGGACUGUGGCGAGGAGCAGACCCGCUGGCACUUUGAUGCCCAGGCCAACAACUGCCUCACCUUCACCUUUGGCCAUUGCCACCGCAACCGCAACCACUUUGAGACCUACGAGGCCUGCAUGCUGGCCUGCAUGAGCGGGCCGCUGGCCGUGUGCAGCCUGCCCGCCCUGCAGGGGCCCUGCAAGGCUUAUGCACCGCGCUGGGCCUAUAACAGCCAGACAGGCCAGUGCCAGUCCUUCGUCUACGGCGGCUGCGAGGGCAACGGCAACAACUUUGAGAGCCGGGAGGCCUGCGAGGAGUCCUGCCCCUUCCCUUGGGGGAACCAGCGCUGCCAGGCCUGCAAACCCAGGCAGAAGCUCGUGACCAGCUUCUGCCGGAGCGACUUUGUCAUCUUGGGCCGAGUCUCCGAGCUGACCGAGGAGCCCGACUCGGGUCGUGCCCUGGUAACCGUGGACGAGGUCCUGAAGGAUGAGAAGAUGGGCCUCAAGUUCCUGGGCCGGGAGCCGCUGGAGGUCACUCUGCUCCACGUGGACUGGACCUGCCCCUGCCCCAACGUGACAGUGGGCGAGACGCCGCUCAUCAUCAUGGGGGAGGUAGAUGGUGGCAUGGCCAUGCUGAGGCCUGAUAGCUUCGUGGGUGCAUCCAGCACCCGGCGGGUCAGGAAGCUGCGCGAGGUCGUGCACAAGAAGACCUGCGAUGUCCUCAAGGAGUUCCUGGGCUCACACUGAAGCGCCUCCUCCCCUGACCCCUGCCUAGUCCUCUCCCACCUAUCCACCCUGACGCCUCCCAGCAAACCGGGCAAGGUCACAUUCGACAGUCUUAGGCCAGCAGAGGAAUAUUGAUCGGAGAGUCUUACAUCAACUUCUAUUCUUUGGGUUCGAUAAGGGGUUCAUAUCCUUUCUAGC